CACCAGCCAGUUUUGCUGCCUCCAUCCCAGCCAGCCCUGCCGUUCCUCCUCCCCUGCCCAAGCUCCCACCUCGCUCCGCAGCCCAGGACAGUGACCGCUCCCGGGAGGACAGUGGAGGAGCUGCAGGAUGGACAAGAAAAGCAAAAUGCAGGCAGAGAAGCACCUCACGGGAACACUGGUCCUCUCUGUCUUCACCGCGGUGUUGGGCUUCUUCCAGUACGGCUACAGCCUGGGCGUCAUUAACGCCCCGCAGAAGGUGAUAGAAGCCCACUACAGCCGUGUGCUGGGCAUCGUCCCCCCGGACAGACAUGCCACCGGCGCCGCUGGGGAGGACGGCACCGUCCCCAUCCCUGGCACGGAGCCCUGGGGUACCACCGCGGGCACGCUCGCGUCCCCAGCUGACACCAGCGGGGAUCUCGCCGCUUCCCCGCACGUCCUCACCAUGUACUGGUCCCUCUCCGUCUCCAUGUUCGCCGUCGGCGGCAUGGUCUCCUCCUUCACCGUGGGGUGGAUCGGCGACCGGCUGGGGAGGGUGAAAGCCAUGCUGGUGGUGAACGUCCUCUCCAUCACUGGGAACCUCCUCAUGGGGCUGGCGAAAUUUGGUCCAUCUCACAUGCUUAUCAUCGCCGGGAGAGCAGUCACGGGGCUGUACUGCGGGCUCUCCUCCGGACUCGUGCCCAUGUAUGUCAGCGAGGUCUCUCCCACGGCCCUUCGAGGAGCGCUGGGGACGUUGCACCAGCUUGCUAUCGUCACGGGUAUCCUCAUCAGCCAGGUCCUCGGACUAGACUUUCUCCUGGGCAAUGAUGAGAUGUGGCCCCUCCUCCUCGGUCUCUCCGGUGUGGCUGCCCUCCUGCAGUUCUUCCUGCUCCUGCUGUGCCCCGAGAGCCCCCGAUACCUUUACAUCAAACUGGGGAAGGUGGAAGAAGCUAAAAAAAGCUUAAAAAGGCUCAGAGGAAACUGUGACCCGAUGAAAGAGAUUGCUGAGAUGGAAAAGGAAAAGCAAGAAGCCGCUAGUGAAAAGAAAGUCUCCAUAAGACAGCUUUUCACCUCUUCGAAGUACAGGCAGGCUGUCAUCGUGGCACUGAUGGUGCAGAUAUCUCAGCAGUUCUCAGGAAUCAAUGCAAUCUUUUACUACUCUACAAACAUUUUCGAGAGAGCUGGAGUUGACCAACCAGUUUACGCAACCAUUGGCGUUGGAGUGGUGAACACAGUCUUCACUGUUAUCUCCGUCUUUCUGGUGGAGAAGGCGGGCAGGCGGUCCCUGUUCCUGGCUGGUUUGAUGGGCAUGUUAAUAAGCGCCAUGGCCAUGACAGUUGGACUUGUGCUCCUGAGCCAGUUUACCUGGAUGAGCUAUGUCAGCAUGGUUGCGAUCUUCCUCUUCGUCAUCUUCUUUGAAGUCGGGCCCGGGCCCAUCCCCUGGUUUAUCGUAGCCGAACUGUUCAGCCAAGGCCCGCGCCCCGCCGCCAUCGCGGUCGCCGGCUUCUGCAACUGGGCCUGCAACUUCAUCGUGGGAAUGUGUUUCCAGUACAUAGCGGAUCUGUGCGGACCGUACGUGUUUGUGAUCUUCGCGGCUCUGCUUCUAGUCUUCUUUCUGUUUGCAUACUUCAAAGUACCAGAGACGAAAGGGAAGUCCUUUGAGGAGAUCGCAGCCGUGUUCCGCCGCAAGAAGUUCCCGGCCAAAGCCAUGAUUGAGCUGGAAGACCUGCGAGGCAGCGAGGAGGCAUAGACAUCGCCACGCACCCAGAAAGGAGGGACUGAGCGCAGACCUCCUUCGGGCACCGCAGGAAGAACGUUGGGCAAAAGUCUCAUUUCACAAAAACCUUGCAGCUGGUAGACCAGGAGGACCCAUCCAUCGGAUGCCUUCUGGCUGCUGCGGCUCACACCUCUGAGCCGCAGGUGCUAACCUGGCAUUUUACUCUGAAAUACUCGGUACAACUGGGCUGCAGGAAGAGCCAGGGAAAGGACAGGAGGAAUAUGUUACAUGUGUGUCUCCAUGCCCCACUGGAAGAGCCCAGUGGGACCGACGACCUUACUAGUUGGCAAAGCAUUACACUGAGCAGGGUCAUCACUCAGCUGGAAUGAAGGAAAGAGGGGUCGGCUGAUGCUGUAGCCUCAUGUUUUCACCUUUUUGUCCCAUGCUUGCUGCUUCCUUCUGCUGGGUGAUCUGAUGCCUUGAGAAACCAACUGGUAGUGCAGUUGUGCCAUCAGCACACAGCACUCAUGGCCCGAGGCGCUAAGGAAAACAGACUGAGCAAGCUCCCCGUUACUCUUGCCUGUGCAGAGGAAGAAGGUGGAUCCCACCUGAAUCGGCUGGGAUGCACCUCACUUGCUUUGCUUUCCGUGCAUUAUGGAAAUGCGCUCCCAUCUCAUAAGGAUUUCUCAAGUCACAACAUUUCUUAGGAGAAUCUUAGAAACUCUGGCUAGGCUGACAUGCACUUUUUUUCUUUUGUUUCAGCCAGACUAUUUACCUCCUCUUUCCUCCUAGGAAGUCUCUCCCCGCUCCCUUAUGCCUGCUGCAGCACAGGACACAGCACAUCAUUGACCACACAACGGGUCGGGGCACUCCUGGUCCCCAGGUCAGGAGACACAAGUCCUGCUGCCAUCCCUUCCAUGCUGUGACCAUCACCAGGUCACCUCUCCUCGCUGCUCCUCUUUCCCCACCCUCUGCGUCUGCCUUCCCUUCCUUUUGUGCAAUGCUUAGACCCACAAGCUCCAGCUUCAGCCGAGGCCUCGGGCUGCCCGUACUGUAACAAUUAAUGAGAACCCAAAGGGGAAAUGGGAAUUGCAGCGUUAACUGGAAGGUGCCCCACUGAUCCGACCCCCACUUUGCACCACUUACGGUUUUGCUGGCUGGAUGUGCUUCAGCCAAGAUAGUGUGCAGGCAGGAGGUUGUGUUGUUUCUACAGCCUUGUUUGUGCUCGUGUUGCUUCUUUAUGACACACUUUUACGUGACAAAAUCAAACUGCAAGGAUUUUUCUUCCUUUUGGGGGGGAUAUGUUGGAAUCAUUGUAAAAGCCUGCUCUCUGUUUGCUUGACUAAGAUUUGCAUGUUCCUUGUUGUGAUACCAGGCUACUUUCUAACAACUUUCUCAGGAUAGAAACCCAUUAUUUAUUUAGAGAUGGAACACCAGCAUUGCUCGGUCACUGCGAGCUCAUCACGACUGCCAGUGAAGCAGUGACUGUAACGUAACAGAGGAUCAAGCAUAACGAAAAGCAUGAGAAUCAACAGGCCAAGGAGGAUCACAGGCUGCUGCUAUGGGUUUGGUUUUAGGGAAGGUUCAUGCUCCUUUCCUUGUGCCUGGACAUCUUUCCUUUGUAGACUUUAGUCUCUUGGUAUUAAGACCCUAAAGCAAAUUCUGGUCCCUUCCAAGUGACUGGAAGCGUAGCCACGAGGUCCACUGGGACAAGCGUCUGGCCCCAGUAUGUGCGCUGAAGCAAUAAGAUUGCACCAAAGGCUUUCCUGGAGUCACUGCUGGGAUUUAACUGGAGGAGAACUGGGUCAAUGCUGUCAUGUGCUACAGCGGUGGGGGACCUGGGACUGACGCGGGGCGUGCAGGGGGUGUGAGAACCAGGGCUCAGGCUGCGGUGCACAGAAGAGAGUAGCAGAGCUGGGGCGCAGGCUCUGGGUCAAACCGUUGGUCUGCGUGCUGCAAACAGGUCUCCCCAGGUGAGACUAGCCGAGAAGACAGGCUCAGAAGCUCUCCAUGGUGUCUACUGCAGUUAGUUAAAUAUUAUAAUGACUUGUCUGAAUGUAAAAAAAGGAAAAAGAAGGAAGAGAUGGGUUCUUGCUUUCAGCAAUGUUAUCUAUGUCUGUUACAUAAAAGUGACAAUGAACAGCAUCUAUGGCA